ACGCAACUGUAUCCACUGUACCCAAUUCUCUCACAUAACUUCAAUCGCAUUUCUCCCAACGUUCGAAAAAUCCGAACCCUCCUUACAUUAGAUUAGAUAUUCUCUGAUUAUCCGCUUUUACUUCCCCCACUCACUCUCCUCCCCGCCUUCUGCCACGCGCCGCCGCUCAGCCACCCCUUUCAGCACCAUUUGCCCCUUGAUUUUUCGAAAAGGAGAUCUGAAUACUGGAAGCAAAAAAAAGGGAAAUAGUUGUGUUACUGCUGAGGGAAAGGAUGGGCGGGGUGACGUCAUCGAUUGCUGCUAAGUUCGCCUUUUUUCCGCCGAAUCCUCCGUCGUACACUGUGGUGGCAGACGAGUCGCGUGGCGGAGCUCUCUGCAUACCCGAGGUGCGGCCGAGGCAGGAUGUUGACGUUUUGAAGCUGAGGACGCGCCGGGGAAACGACGUCGUGGCGGUGCAUAUCAGUCACCCCAAGGCCACGGCUACACUGCUCUACUCCCACGGUAACGCCGCCGAUUUAGGUCAGAUGUAUGAGCUAUUCGUUGAGAUUACCCUUCGGCUACGCAUCAAUCUGAUGGGGUAUGACUACUCAGGUUAUGGGCAGUCCACUGGGAAGCCAACUGAAUAUAAUACAUACGCAGACAUUGAUGCUGUAUAUAAAUGCCUCAAGGAGCAGUAUGGGGUUAAAGAUGAAGAACUAAUACUAUAUGGUCAGUCAGUUGGUAGUGGUCCCACCAUCGAUCUUGCAUCACGUUUACCAAACCUGAGAGGGGUUGUUUUACAUAGCCCGAUUUUAUCUGGGUUAAGGGUAUUGUACCCUGUAAAGCGGACGUAUUGGUUUGAUAUUUACAAGAAUAUUGACAAAAUUGGUGCAAUAAAUUGUCCAGUUCUUGUUAUUCAUGGGACUGCAGAUGAAGUUGUUGAUUGCUCCCAUGGGAAGCAGCUCUGGGAGCUCUGCAAGGUUAAAUACGAACCUUUGUGGAUAAAUGGAGGCGGGCAUUGCAAUCUUGAACUUUAUCCUGAGUUCCUUAAACAUCUAAAAAAGUUUGUACUGUCUCUUGGAAAAUCAAAGCCAGCAGGCAAUGGUUCACUAGCAGCAUCAGUACUAAAUUCAGAGAGUCAGAAUAAAUCUGAUGGAAGCAGUACCACAGACACGUUUGAGUUGCAACCGGACCUUCCAGAAAUUUCUAGGAACAGUUUGGAUAGCCGGCUUGACAAGUCUAAGAAGUCGAGCAAGCCUGAAAAGUCCAGAAUGAGUACAGACCGUGUUGACAGAUUCAGGAGAAGAAAAGGCUUGAUCUGGUGAUCACUUUAUUAGGCAUCAGGGUUUAUCACCUAAGAUAGGUUAUGUAACACGAUUUUCAAUGCGUAAGUAUCUAUGAUCAUGUCGAGUACGCUCAUUUUAGUAAGUUGUUGCAAUCGUAUUUUGAUCCGACCCUGAGAAAAUAAGAACUGUAUCUGUUUUAAAUUAUAAAAUUUUGUAUUGAUUA